UGAUGGGAGGGAACUGGGAAGGUGAAAUUCGUGAAAUCUCUUCCGCCGUCCUGCCUGGAUCAAAGAAAUAUAUAUAAACAGGUACAUUCCUGUAUUUCUGAACUGAGGGAGGGCUAGCAAGAGAGAGAAACUAAGAGAGAUAGAGGGAGAGAGAGACAGAGACAGAGAGAGAGGGUGGGUUUCAUGUAUUGAACGGGUUGACCCAUUUUGCACAACCAUCAUGGCCGUCGCAGCACCAUCCCUGACCUCCGCCUCCUCCUCCAUCGCCGGAGAUAAUAGGAAGCACUGGUGGGUCACCAACAAGAAGAUUGUAGACAAGUAUUUGAAGGAUGCCAAAGUUCUGCUGGGAACUAGGCAAGACCAAUCCGAGAUCCUCUCGGCUCUCAACCUUCUGGACGCUGCUUUGGAACUCUCCCCUCGUCUCGACCUAGCCCUCCACUUGAAGGCUAGGUCUUUGCUUUAUCUCCGCCGUUUCAGGGACGUCGCCGAUAUGCUUCAGGACUACAUUCCCAGCCUCAAGAUGCUCUCCGACGACUCCUCUUCCGAUAACUCCUCCUCCUCCUCCUCCGCCCACUUAUCCAGAGAGCGGGUCAAGCUUCUAUCAUCCGACCGGCAGGACCAAGAGCCUACCUUUAAAUGCUUUUCCGUCUCCGAUUUGAAGAAGAAGGUCAUGGCUGGCCUCACUAAAAACUGCGAAAAGGAAGGCCAGUGGAGGUACUUGGUGUUGGGUCAAGCAUGUUGCCAUUUGGGCCUAAUGGAGGACGCCAUGGUUCUCCUCCAGACUUGGAAGCGCCUGGCUACUGCAGCUUUCCGCCGUCAGAGUAUCUGUUGGUCCGACGAUAGUUUUUUCUUUCGCGAAUUCCCAACCUCAGCUGACCUUCCCGCUCCCAUUAACCAGCCGGCUACGCCUCCCAAGACCGAGUCUGAGAGCAUUUCCCAUCUCCUUAGCCAUAUCAAACUCCUCCUCCGCCGCAAGACGGCCGCCAUUGCAGCCCUUGACGCUGGGCUUUACUCUGAAGCCAUCCGGCAUUUCUCCAAGAUCGUUGAUGGGCGUCGUGGGGCCCCACAGGCCUUCCUUGCUGAAUGCUACAUGCACCGAGCCUCAGCUUAUCGAUCUGCAGGUAGAAUUGCCGAGGCAAUUGCAGACUGCAAUAAAACUCUGGCGUUGGAGCCCUCUUGCAUUGAAGCAUUGACCACUCGAGCUGCUCUUUUUGAAACCAUUCGAUGCCUCCCUGAUUCCCUUCACGAUCUGGAGCAUCUUAAACUCCUGUACAAUUCCAUUUUACGGGACAGAAAGCUGCCCGGACCUGCAUGGAAACGUCAGAAUGUGCAAUAUAGAGAAAUCCCAGGGAAGUUGUGUUCACUGGCAACUAAAAUGCAGGAGUUGAAGCAGGGGGUUGCCUCGGGAGAGACGGGGAAUGUAGAUUAUUACGCUCUGAUUGGUUUGAGGCGGGGUUGCUCCAGAUCAGAGUUGGAGAGAGCCCAUUUGCUUCUCACCCUUAGACACAAGCCUGAUAAGUCUUCCAGUUUCAUUGACAGAUGUGAGUUUGGGGACGAGCGUGACAUGGAAUCUAUUCGGGAUAGAGCAAGAAUAUCGGCAUUGUUAUUGUAUAGAUUGAUUCAGAAGGGGUAUACCAGCGUAAUGACAGCAAUUAUGGAUGAAGAGGCAUCGGAGAAGCAGCGGAAGAAGGCUGCUGCUGCAUUGCAAGCUGCACAAUCAUUGCAGCUUCAACAAGCUCGUGAACAGUCCAAGAUUGUUGAAACGUUCAACUCUGCGUCAACUGCCAAGGAGGUGUGUAAUGGUGAUAACGGUAGUAGGCUCGAGAGUAAGGGUGGUUCAAAUGCGGCAGCAUCUUGUUCGGCAUUUCAAGGAGUAUUCUGCAGGGACCUUGCUGUUGUUGGGAAUUUGCUUUCUCAAGUGGGAUUUAAUCGUCCAAUUCCAGUGAAAUACGAGGCUUUAAGCUGUUGAAGGUAAUUGAACGAAUGAAUGAUUGAUGAUGAUUUAUGAGGCGUUAUCAGGAACAACCGUGGAUCAUGAGAAUCAGGUGAGCAUGAUUGAAACAGGAAUAAGAUUUUAUCAGUAGACCGGCGGGGGGAGAAUCUGAUUACGGACGAUCAACUAGUAUCACGUAGCAUGUUUGUACAAAGGGAAAAUUUAGUCACCGUCAAAGACUGCCGGGGAAAUUUUUGUUACCUACCUUCUCUUUCCUUUCCCAUCUUUUAGUUUUUACUACAAUGUACCUGUACAGAGUUAAAUUCAGUCUUUCCCAUUAUUUACUUCUGAAUAUUUGUUAGGAGCUUUUAAGAUUCGUUUGGUCAAGUUUCUUUGUAUUUGCACCAUUCUAUAGAUGGAUGGAACAGGAGGGGGGUAAAAUUAAAAUUUGAGGUGGGGAAGCGGAACGGAUGAGGGAGGGUUAUUUCUGGUGUUAUUAUGGCUGCUGCAGAGGACGGGAUGCAUGAGAGUGGCUGUCCAGCGGCCAUGGGUGCCACUCUUCCUUCUUUUGUCAGGCUUAUCCAAGCCAAACUUGCCAAAGGGCCCAAAACCUGACACUACACGAGAUUUCAUUAAGACGCAGGCGCAUUCGAUCCUUUCAAUCUACUAGGAAGUAAUAAUGAUUUGCUCCAAAUCCACGAGACCUUCAUUCCAUUCGAUUAAAUUACUCGAAUGGCAACGAGAAGUACCAUUGUACAAGUACUGCGGAAGACGGGGGGUCAACCUGAACUGCUCAUUUGUUUCCUUGGGACUAGAAGCCCAUAUCUGCUUUGUUGGAGCAAACAUUUCGCUGGUCACCCGUGUCUGGGAUAAGUAUGCACCUCUUAUCCUGUAACAUUUUGCAUAGGCAAACGCAUCCGAGUUACUCGUGGAUGACUUUUGUUUGUUUUUCCCUUGGUUCAAAUUACUACUGUAUACACACUUUGCAUCCAAAAUGCAUAAAAAGGGAGUACCGUAUAUACAACACAACACAACACUUUGCAUCCAAAA